CAAGAAAGUUCUGUUUGCGAACAAAGCCAACCCAUUUGACCAUCCGAAGUUUCGCGAAGCAGAAGCUCGUACUUCCAACAAUGGCAGGAACUGUACUCUCUCGAUUCAUUAUUCUUGCCCCUAAACCUCGAUUCCACUUCCCUUUCUCUUUCUCUAAGCAGCGUUAUUUCUGCUCUUCUUCUGAUCAACCCACCACCAAGAAGACCUUCAAUACUAAAGUUAACUUCUCUCUACCCUCCGACUCAGAACAAGACGAAGAUGAUUAUGAAACUACCAAAACAAUCCCCAAAACCAAACUCCCACCCCCUUACGAUCCCUUCGAUAAGAAGCCCGCUAUCGAAGAGUCGGACGACCCCAAAAACCUUCAAGAAAUAUUCCAUAAAAUGAGAACAGAAGGUCUCACCAACAACGCCGUCAAGAUGUUCGACGCUUUGUCUAAAGACGGACUCACCCACGAGGCCUUAGAGCUUUUCUCUCAGAUCAAGGACAAAGGCCACAUGCCUGACGUGGUAGCCCAUACGGCCGUUGUUGAGGCCUACAUGAAUGCCGGUCAGAGCAAGGAGGGUGUCAAGGUGUUCUUGCGAAUGUUGGCCUGUGGAGUGGCGCCUAAUGCUUACACUUACAGUGUUCUCAUCAAGGGUCUUGCUGGUGAUGCUAGAUUGGAUGAUACCCAGAAAUAUUUGAUGGAAAUGAUGGCAAAAGGUAUGCGCCCCAAUGCUGGAAUUUACACUGCAGUGUUUGAGGCUUUUGUGAGGGAAAAGAAGGUGGAGGAGGGGAAGGAGUUUUUGGAGCAGAUGAAGAAGAAGGGGUUUGUGGCUGAUGAGAAGGCUGUGAGGGAAGUUCUCAACAGCAAAAGAGAUCCUGUUUUUAGGGGAGUUAUGGACAUUCUCUUUGGCAAGUAGAUUGAGAUGCGACACAGUUUUUGAGCUUUGGUUUGUUAGUUGCGACAUGCAUGUUCAAAAAUGUGUAAUCUUCUUUUUGAGGCAUGUUAUCACAAACUUGUACUCUUCUUUUGAGGCAUAUGUAUUCCUUUUUGCCCUUCAAA